UUUUUUAAAGUGUCAGCAAAACAAAUAAGAGAUUCUGGUUCUUCCCCACAAUUUAUUCCUUUUUCUCCUAACAACAACAAUUCAACAACAAAAAUAAUAAAUAUUCGUCCAAUGUCCAAUUCAACUCCAUCAGCUACAACAACUACUGGUUAUAAUUCUUCUCCUUCAUUAUCCCCACAAAGAAAAGUUUCGCGAUCUGCUCGUUUGUGCCAUUCAUUUAGACGAACAUUGAGACGUAAUAGUCCUGGAGGGAAAAAGGCGUUGGCACAAACAGAUUCAAAUGCAUCAGCACCGACCGCUCUUUUAUCUUCAUUGGGAGAACAACAACAACUACUAAAUUCAGAUUUGAACAAAGGCUCUCAAAACUCAGUUCUAAAUGCAGAAUCCCGCCUUGCCUCUUCUGAAACAACAAAAAAAGAUGAGUCUGUUGAACAAACGCCGGAGAAGAAGCAACAACAAAAACAACAAGCUGAUGAUAAUCGUCGCAACAGUUCCUCGUCUCCGUUGUCUCAUUUGAUGAAUGAUUGGGAGAUUGGUGGCACUCAAAACCCUUGGGUCUGUCCAAGUGAUAGACAUUUACAAUUACGUGCUCAACUAAAAAGUGGUUGGAGUGUUCGAACAGCCACUGCUCGCUCACCAACAACUUCCAAACAAUCUCUUCUUUCUGCGGGAGGAAUUACUGAAGCUGAACAAGAAAAAAUUAGAAAAGUUUUGGCCCGAGCAGAGCAAGGUCGAAUGAAUGAGCAGAUUAGAAUUGGAAAAAUGGUUGAAAGAUUAGAUCGCCUUCGUUCUAGAGCUGUUGGAAAUGGAGUAACUCAAUGCCUUUUAUGCCAAACUGAAUUUGGAUUGUUGGCUGCAAAAAGUUAUGCUGCAAUGUGUUCAGAUUGUCGAAAAUAUGUUUGUCAACGUAACUGUGGAGUUGAAACUUUUGAUCAAAAAAGAAAGGAGCCAAUAUUUCUUUGCAAAAUUUGUUCUGAAUAUAGGGAAGUGAUGUGGAAAAAGUCUGGCGCGUGGUUUUAUAAAGAAGUGCCUUCAUUACCCCCAAGUAGGCCUUGUUCUGCUAUGGCUGAUAUUUCAAGUUCACCAAUGUUGGGAAACGUCGUUUCAAAUAAUUGUCAACAACAACAACAACAAACUUCAUCCUUUAUGACUCCAACUUCCUCUAUUGGUCAACCAGAUAGUCCUACAGCACGUUCUCUUUGUUCUACAGGUCCAACCCCUCGACGACAUUUUCCUUUUGGAGGAGGACAGGAUUACCGUAAAGGAAGUAAACAACAACAAUCACCAAUUACUUGUACUGCUAUUAGAAGGACAGCAACAAGUGUAGGGGCGGCUGAACCUGUUCCAAUACCUUCUGAACAUCAACAAAGGCUAAAAACAAAUCCUCGUCCUCGAAUUAUUCCUUCAUGGGUUCAUGAUGGUCUUCAACAAUCAAGUAUUAGUGUAGAUGAAGAAUCUGAUGGAGAAUCUGCAAGUUCUUCAACAUCAUCUUCAUUAGAACCAGCACAAUUUCGAAUGUCUUUGGGUGCACAAAAAGAACGUGCAAUGGCAGUUAAACAACGAGCUUCAAUAAAUUCAAAUAAUUCUUCCUUAAAUAAUCAACAAAAAUUAUCAAUAACUUCUCAACGAAAUUUAACAACAGCAACAAUAAAAUAUGGGAGAAAUAAUAAUAAUAGAAGUAUUAUUGAAAAUAAUAAAAAUAUGCAAAGAGUUGUUUUAAGAAGAGGUGGAAGAAAUAGAGUUUUGGAUUCUGAUUCUGAAGAUCAAGAAGCACUUUCUCGUCGUAGUUCUCCUUCAAUUUCGCCAAGACAUUCAUUAGCUACUCCUUCAAGUUAUGGUGGUGAUGAUCUUCCUUUAAUGUUGUCUUCAACUGCUGGUUGUGUGACAACAACAGCAAUGACAACACAAAAUUAUAUUAAUUCGACUUGUUUGCCUCAACAUAAUAAUAAUGAUGAAAAAACGAUGUCAGAUUCUCGCAGCGUGGAUUCGGGUGUUGUGCAAAGUGAUCAUUCUGCCCAACAACAUGGAUUGGCUGCUUUUGCUGCUUCUGUUUCUAAUCCUCCUCAUCCUAUUCAUCAACAAAUGUUUUCUUCCAAUUUUUCUGAAGAGCCUAAUAUUAAUAAUAAUUGGCAGCAACAACAACAACUUCCUCCACCGGUAGCAAAAUCCCCAUCACCCAUUCCUCCACCAAUUCCACCAAGAAGUGCAACAAUAGCUGCACCUCCACCAAUAAUGUCACAUCAAAUUGUUGGUUCUUCAACAUCAUCAUUUAAACCAAUUACAACAAAAAGGCCUUCCUCAGCAAAUAAUUAUGCAAUUAAUCAAACAACAACUGAAAUGGGAUUUUCUUCAUUAAGUUUAGCUCCUGAUUCAUCAAUUACUACUAGUCUAUCAACUCAAUCAUCAACAGUUCCAACAAUUGAUAAUAAUAUGCGUUGUCGAGAGGAUGCACAUUUGGUAGUAGAUGGAGGAAUGUCUUCAGGGAGACGAUCAGAUGGUGAUUCUUUUGAUCGAGAUGAUUCUCCCGCAUUUAUGAGUGAGCCUGAGGACGAUAUUAGCACUCUAGGAUCAAUUCAAUUGAAUUUAUUGUAUUUAUCAGAAGAGAAGCAAUUGAUUAUUCAUCUAAUUCGUGCGAAGAAUCUAAAAGCAAUGGAUAAAAAUGGUUUUUCUGAUCCUUAUGUAAAAUUUCAUUUAUUACCUGGAAAUGCAAAAGCAACAAAAUUGACUUCAAAGACUAUCGAGAAGACUCUAAAUCCUGAAUGGAAUCAAGAAUUGAUUUACUAUGGAAUAACUGAAGAAGAAAGAUUGAGAAAGUCUCUUCGUGUAACUGUAUUGGAUAGAGAUCGUAUUGGUGCUGACUUUCUUGGUGAAACGCGAAUUGCUCUUCGAAAACUUCCUUUGGGUGUCACUAAAAAAUUCAAUUUGUAUCUUGAACAUGCAAUGCCUACACCAUUAGAAAAACCUAUUCAAGAAGAACGUGGUAAAUUGCUACUCUCUGUUUGUUACAACAUUCAACAAGGAUCCCUUUUUGUUACUAUCAAGCGAUGUGUUGAACUUUUGGGAAUGGAUGCUACAGGUUUCUCCGAUCCUUACUGUAAAGUUUCUCUUAUACCUUUGGCCUCCAAAGCGCAUAGACAGAAGACUGCUAUUAAAAAGAGGACGUUAAACCCUGAAUUUAAUGAAACAAUGCAAUUUCUGGUCCCUUUCAAGGACUUGCCAAAGAAAACUUUGGAUAUUGGGGUCUAUGAUUAUGAUAUGGGAAGACACGACGACUAUAUUGGUGGAGUUGUUCUUUCAACUGCUGCUACUGGUGAAAGAGGAAGACAAUGGCAACAAAUAAUUGAGAAUCCCGGGAAGACAUUGGAAUAUUGGCAUAAAUUGGAAACUGAUGGAUGA